UAAAUCAGUAACUUUCAAAAUGGCCGGCUGUUCGACUGACGUUUCUAUUUGGAUGACACACGCAUGAAUCGAACGAAAUAAAGCAUAAUUGGGUAAAACAUGCUCAAUAACUAUGUGUGGAUUUGAAAGAACGGGUGUACUUGUUGUUCUUCUGCUUCUCACCUUGAGUAAUCCUUCUUCAAGCCUUGCCUCACCGAGGAGUGAAGAUCUUAGACCCUCUUUGAGUCAUGCCACAACUAGAAACAAAGAGGACAGGCCCUUCUCAACUCAUGCCACAUCAGGAAAAAAAGAAAAUAGACCUGUGAGUCAUGCCACUUCAAAAAACAAAGAAGGUACACCCUCUCUGAGUCAUGCCACAUCUCGAAAUAAAGAAGACAAACCCCCUGUGAGUCAUGCCACAUCUAGAAAUAAAGAAAAAAGACCCUCUCUGAGUCAUGCCACAUCUAGAAAUAAAGAAGACAAACCCCCUGUGAGUCAUGCCACAUCUAGAAAUAAAGAAGACAAACCCCCUGUGAGUCAUGCCACAU